AUGGACUUCGCAGCCCUCAUGUCCAAGGAGCUGGCCAAGGGCAAGGCCUCGACCGAAUCGUCGUCGACCUCGAAAUACGUCAGGCGCGCCGACGCCGAGCGCGCACGAAAGGAGGCCUACGAGGCAGAACAGGCACGCCUCGAGGCAGAACGCGAGGCCAAGGCCAGCGCCAAGCGCAAGCGUGACGACGAGGCGGCCGUCGAGGCGGCGGCACGCGAGGAGAAGCGCCGCCGGUUGGCGGAGGAGAGCCGGGCGCGGCGCGAGCAGCAGGAGGCCGAGGAGGAGGCGGCGCGGCGUGCUAGGCUGGGCCUGCCGCCGCUCGUCAAGGCGUCGUCGGAGGACGCGCUGGAGCUGGAGGAGGGCGCGGAGGACGUGCCGGAGGUGGAGCUGCGGGCGAAGCUCAGGGCGAUCGGGGCGCCGGCUGCGCUCUUUGGCGAGGGCCACGGCGCGAGGCUGCGGCGGUACAGGCGGCUCACGACGGUGGUCACCAAGGGCCCCGUGCCGACGACGCUGGAGCUCGUCGAGGAGAAGGACAUGAAGGUGCAAGGUGGGGCACCCAAGGACAAGGAGGCGCGAAAAUGGGUGUUUAGGCAGCUGGCGAGCUACUUCACAAUGGUCUUGACGGAGUACCAGCGGGCCAUGGAGGCGGAGAGGAGCGAUACAACGGCGAGCAAGGCGGCGUACGCCACGAUGGUGCAGAGUCGCGAGAACAUGAAGCCGCUCUUCCGACGGUUCGAAAAGGGCGACGUCGACGACGACCUCCUGGCGCCCAUCAUAGAGAUUGUGCAGGCGGCACAAGAAAGGCGGUACGUCGACGCCAACGACGGAUACCUGCGACUGUCUAUCGGCAAGGCGGCGUGGCCUAUCGGCGUGACAAUGGUGGGCAUUCACGAGCGCAGCGCGCGCGAGAAGCUGCACAACGGCGAGCGAGGGCAUGUCAUGGGUGAUGAGGUGACGCGCAAGUUUCUGCAGAGCAUCAAGCGCUGCCUGACGUUUGCGCAGGUGCGGUGGCCGCCGGAGGACAUUAGGCAGUUGAUGGGCUAA